AUGGCCAGUAAUAACCCGCCGCCACUACAACGACCAGCAGCAGCUCGUCCCGUCCGGACCAUGAUGCCCGCGACUCACAACAACCCAGCCGUCAGCGCGCCCGCUAAUAAUGUGCGCCGCAACUUGUUCCAGUCCCAGCUCACGCGCCGUCCAACACCGGUAUCCUCUUCCAACUCGGCCGAAACCCUCCGGCUCGAUGUCGAUGUGUUGUCCGAUACGUCGGAGAUUGUGGUGCGGGACAAGAAUGGCGACUUUAAGCUCGAUGACCCGCCCACGCCGCCCAUGGAAGAUGCUUCAGAGGAAGGGGCAAUAGACGAGGACAGAGAAAAUGAGCGUAUGACCGAACCUCAUUCCAAGAGAUCGAACGCAGGUAUUCGAGGCGGCAUUGGCUAA